UAUGGGUGGGAUCACUCGGUUCACAAAAGGAAAAGACUUCCCCCAGUGAAAAGGUCUCUGGUGUACUACCUGAAAGGCAGAGAGGUCAGGAUGCAGAAUGAGUCCAGCUAUCACCGUUUAUUGCAUGGAUACGCAGCCCAGCAGCUUCCCAGCCUCCUGAAGGAGAGAGAAUUUCACCUCGGAACACUUAAUAAAGUGUUUGCCUCCCAGUGGCUGAACCACCGGCAAGUGGUGUGUGGGACAAAAUGCAACACAUUAUUUGUGGUAGAUGUCCAGACUGCUCAAAUUACCAAGAUUCCUAUUCUGAAAGAUCGUGAACCCAGCAUAGUGAACCAGCAGGGAUGUGGUAUUCAUGCCAUUGAGCUCAACCCUUCGAGGACCCUUCUGGCCACAGGUGGAGACAACCCCAAUAGUCUUGCAAUUUAUCGUCUGCCUACGCUUGAUCCUGUCUGUGUGGGAGAUGAUGGACAUAAGGACUGGAUAUUUUCAAUUGCAUGGAUCAGUGAUACUAUGGCUGUUUCUGGUAAAGUCAAAUUUUUUUCU